GGGGCGGGGCCAGGGGGUGACACGUCGGACGGCGGCGCCGCCAGCGGGAGCGGCAGCCGGAGCCGCCCCCGGUCCCGUCCCGGCCAUGCGGCUGUCGCUGGUGCUGUCGGUGCUGCGGCCCGCCGGGCCGGUGGCCAUCGGCGUCUCGCUGGGCUUCACCCUCAGCCUGCUCAGCGUCACCUGGGUGGAGGAGCCCUGCGGGCCGCCGCCGCGCUCCGCCGCCGCCGCCCUUCGCCCGCGCCCCGACGGCGGCCCCGCGCCGCCUCCCGGCCCCGGCAACACCAACGGCAACGCGGCGCGCAGGCCCAACGCCGUGCCCGCCGGGCUGGGCGCCGACAGCUGGGAGCCCCGCGUCGUGCCCUACCGCCCGCCCAGCCCCGGCAGGGCCGCCAAGAAGGCCGUCAGGACACGGUACAUCAGCACGGAGCUGGGGAUGCGGCAGCGGCUCUUUGUGGGUGUGCUGACCUCCAAGAGCACGCUGAACACGCUGGGGGUGGCUGUCAACCGCACGCUGGCCCAUCGCCUGGAGCGCCUGGUGUACUUCACAGGCACGCGGGGCCGCAAGGUGCCCCACGGCAUGACGGUGGUGACCCACAGUGACGAGCGGCCCAUCUGGAACAUGUACCAGACCGUCAGGUACCUUCUGGAUCACUACGUGAACGACUUCGACUGGUUCUUCCUGGUGCAAGACGAUACCUACACGGAGGCGCACCGCAUCAGCCGCCUGGUCGCCCACCUCAGCAUCGACACCCACCUCUACCUGGGCCGUCCCGAGGAGUUCAUCGGCGGGGACACUGAGGGACGAUACUGCUAUGGGGGGUUUGGCUACCUGCUGUCCCGCAGCCUUCUCCUACUCCUGCAGCAGCACCUGGAGAGCUGCCGCAACGACAUCCUCAGCGCCCGGCCUGACGAGUGGCUGGGCCGCUGCAUCAUCGACUACACGGCCGUCAACUGUGUCGAGGAGCACGAGGGCCUGCAUUACCACUAUUUUGAGCUGGGGAAGAACGCGGACCCCGAGCGGGAGACUGACCUCCGUUUCCAGAGCGCCUUCACUGUCCACCCCGUGCUGGAUCCUCUCCAGAUGUACCGGCUGCACAAGUACUUUGCACAGGUGGAGCUUGAGAGGACCUACCAGGAGAUCCAGCAGCUCCAGCUGGAGAUCCAGAACGCCAGCAGCCUGUCCGCUGACGGGGACCACGGCGCCACGUGGCCCGUUGGCAUCUCGCCCCCCUUCCAGCCCAAAACCCGCUUCGAGGUGCUGCGCUGGGACUACUUCACGGAGGAGCAGGUCUACGCUUGCGUGGACGGCUCCCCCAAGUGCGAGCUGCACGGCGUGGAUCUGGCCGACGUGGCCGACGUGGUGGCCACGGCCAUGGAGGAGCUGAACCGCAAGUACCAGCCGGUGCUCCACGUCCGCAAGCAGCAGCUGGUGAACGGGUACCGGCGCUUCGACCCCACGCGCGGCAUGGAGUACACGCUGGACCUCCAGGUGGAGGUGGUCACCCAGAAGGGGCACAGCCGCUCCGUCACCAAGCGCGUGCACCUAGUGCGGCCCCUCAGCGAGGUGGAGAUCAUCCCCAUGCCCUACGUGACGGAGGCCAGCCGCAUCAACGUCAUCCUGCCGCUGACGGCCCACGACCGGGACCACGCUGCCCGCUUUUUGGAGGCUUACGCGGCGGCCGCCUUUGAGAGCAGCGAGAAUGCGGUGCUCACCUUCCUCUUCAUCUACGAUCCCUUUGAGGCCCAGCAGGUCGCCCAGAAUGACAUCUUCGCCCCCGUGAAGGCCCAGAUCACCGAGUAUGAGCGCAAGUACGCAGAGGUGAAGAUCCCGUGGAUCAGCGUUAAGACAGAUGCACCCUCCCAAAUCAAGGUCAUGGACAUCAUCUCCAAGAAGCAUCCUGUGGACACGCUUUUCUUUGUGGCUGGCGUGGGGACCGAGGUCACCGUUGACUUCCUGAACCGCUGCCGGAUGAACACCAUCAACAACUGGCAGGUCUUCUUCCCCAUCCACUUCCAGGGCUACAACCCUGCCAUCGCUUACCACAACCAGGCGCCGCCCGCCACGCUGGACCUGCUGCGGGACGCGGGGCGCUUCGACCGCGACGUCUUCCAUGAAGCCUGCUUCUACAACGCUGACUACAUGGCAGCGCGCACCCGCAUGGCAGGUGACGUGCAGGAGAAUGAGGACAUCCUGGAGACCCUGGACAUCUACGACAUGUUCAUCAAGUACUCCAACCUCCAUGUCUUCCGGGCUGUGGAGCCCGCCCUCCUGCAGCGCUACCGGCACCAGGCCUGCAACCCCCGGCUCAGCGAGGAGAUCUACCACCGCUGCGUGCAGAGCAGCCUGGAGGGCGUAGGCUCUCGCUCCCAGCUGGCCAUGGUGCUUUUCGAGCAGGAGCAGGGGAACAGCACCUGAACCCCAGGGUGCGGAGGGGCUGGCCCUCCCCUGCCAUGCCUGCCUGCCCCCACCCCACCUCUUCUGCUGCCCAAAUCUGUCUUCCUCCUCCCGGCGCCCGCAGGGAUCAUCGGCGCCCGAGCUCGUGACUUACCCUGCUGGGGUCUGCCAGCCUGGGGGUGCGCGGGUCCUUCCAGAGCGACUGUGGCUGUUCAGGCCCUGGGGUGAGGUGGGGUUGGAGUCGCUGAGCUGUGAGCUGAAACGCCUGGCUCCUCACCCCAGAGCUGCUGGUCGCCGGCCCCAUCCCUCCGUCCUGGCCUUGCUGCCCAGUGGGGAGGCGAUGGGCUGCCCUGUCCCUUGCUGUCCCCCUCAACUGGAGGCAUGCAGAGCCCAAGGCCCCCCUGCUGCAGGGCCGCAACUGCCCCAGGGUUGGGGGUGAUCCAUCGUGGGUCUCCCAGCAUCCCAGGACAGGGCUGUGCCCCUCACUCCUUUGGAGCGCUGUGCAGGGAGGGCUGUGUCCCCGCUCCUGCCGCGGGGCAGCGGGAUGGGGCACAUCCCACCCCAGAAGAGCAAUAAGGAGGUUGGUUUCGGAGUUUUGCCACUUGGCAAAAAGCUGGAGCGCUCCCGGCUGGUUGGGGUGGGGGGGACUUGGCCCCUGGGGCCGGUGGGCACAGGGGGUGCUGGAGGGGAUCCUGCUGUAUUCACAUACCGUGAGCUGCUCCCCAUGGGAACCGUGACCCAGGCCGCUUCGGCCUUCGCAGUAUUGAUAGGACGUCGGAGGUCGCAGCCCUCAGACAAGAGCCUCUCGCCAGAGGUGGGAGCCCUCCCCACCGCGGGGCCGCCCUCGGGGUUGGGGGACACGGUGCCUGGCGCUGGUGGGCCUGGCAGAGGGUUUGGCUGCGCAUCUCCUAAGGAGAAAGUGACUGAGGAGCCGCUCUCUGCUCCUGGUUUGUAUUUAAUAGUGGGGAGAGGAGGGGGGGGGUGCAUUUACACUAAUAAAAUGGAGAGAUGAACCGGUGGAUCCGGCUGAUUCUUCCCUGGGGCACCUCUGGGUGUCCUGCUGGGGGUCUGUGUGGUGGUAGGUGCUGGCUGCUUGUACAAAAUCUGGUUGCGUCUGGCUGGACCACUUCCUCAAAGGGAUGCUGCUUUCCCCAAGCUGUCUGAAGCAUCCUCUACCUGAGCUGGGAGACAAGGCCAGGGGAGCCCGUUGGCUUAUGGACAGGCUGGCAGGCACUGGGCCAAGCAGACACUUGGAAAUGCCAGCUUGAACCCCUGGGAGCUUGCAGCAGCUGUCCUGUACCUCUGAUGCCUGGUGUCCCUGGGACUCUCCUGCUGUCACUACCUGCUGCCAGUCACUGGUGGUGCAUCAGGAUGCUGAGCCCCUUGCCCCGGGAAGCCCUGGUGCCAGCAUGCUCAGCUUUGGGCAAUGACCUGUCUCUCCUGGUGCCAUAAAUUUGUGGUCCCACCGACCAGGUUUCCAGCCCUUCUCAGCCCCAGCUGUGGGUGGAAAAGCACCACAGUCAGGGGCUGGUACAGCCAUGCGUCCUCCCGUGUGUGCUGUCCCCAUAACAGCCUCUGUGGGCUGUAUGUGGGUAACGGGGCACCCCUGGCCCACGUCAGAGCAGAGGCUGGGUGCCCAGUGGGGGUGAGCUCUGCCCUCCAGCAUCUGCGAUCAUCUCCGAAGGAAACUCCUGGGCCAGUAACUGCAUCUGAGCCCUGUGUUGAAUAAUUGGGGCUGGACCUGCCCUCUCUGCAUUGGUUUUACCCUUUCUUGGGCUGUUUUGCAUCUUGGGUUUUCUCAGCACUUUGUGGUUUCCAGUUCUGUGUCGGGCAGAGCACCAUGGUCCUGCCCAGGACUAUUUCACCACCUACAGCUCUGAUUUGCAGUAUGAGAAGCAGGGCGCUGCCCCCGUGCCUGUGCUGCUGGCUCCAGGCAUCAUUUUCAUGGCUCCACGUGCUCUUCCCACCAGUCCUUUGGUCAUCAUGUUGUAUUUGUUCACGAAACACACUUAUCAAAGAGACAUCCCCAGGAAAAUUAACUAAACCUACUUGCUGUUAAUUUUCAAGGCUGUUAGUGCUUAGUGAAACAAAUGGAAAGCCCCUGGGCUGUGUGGCAUGCCUUCUCCAAAGAUACCUCAUUCCCGUAUUCCUGCUUCAGUCUUCAUAUCCAUGGUGUAGGAGCGUAUAUGUUUAAAUAUAAUUUUAUUGUAUUUCAGAUG